GUGCAGUUUCUUGUGUUUUAUAUAUUAAUAAUAAUAAUAAAGCCGGAGCAUUGGCGCAUAAGCUGCAAAGAACAAGUAAAUGGCACAGGAGGUAAAAUCAGCUGCGAUAUGGCUGCUGUUGUUGCUUCAAAGUAGCGCAAUUGUUAUUAGCGAACGCACGCGUGAUAAAAUAUAUCAACCCAUUAUAGGCGCAAGCUGCUUUCGGCGCUUAAACGGCACUCAUCAGACAGGAUGCUCAUCAACAUACUCUGGUUCAGUUGGGGUGCUGCACUUGAUAAAUGUAGAAGCAGACUUGGAAUUCUUGCUUAGUAGUCCUCCGUCGCCUCCAUACGCUCCCCUGAUUCCACCACAUUUGUUUACAAGGACCAACCUGCUACGUCUCAAAGAAGCCGGACCGAGGAUAAUAUCCGUUGUGCUGCUAAUCAACAGGCCCAAAAAAAUGAAUCAAUUUUCGCACGAACUUAACUGUCCCAAUCAGUACAGCGGUCUAAAAUUGGACAACAGAACCGAGACCGUCACUUGCGAUGUUACCAAUGUGGGCAACACCUGGAAUCCUUGGGGCACUGGUCUACUGCAUGAGGACUUUCCAUUUCCCAUUUACUAUAUAGCUGAUGCUGAAGAGAUUGACAAACUGGAAAGCUGUUUUGAAAAAUUCAACAACUUUGAUUAUGCGUCCCAUGCCUUGCGUAGUCUUUGUGCUGUGGAAGUAAAGUCGUUUAUGUCAGCAGCUGUUAAUUCUGAAGUGUGCAUGCGUCGCACUAAUUUUAUAAACAAUCUCGGCGGCAGCAAAUAUUGUGAUCCCUUGGAAGGUCGCAAUGUUUAUGCAACAUUGUAUCCGCGAAAUUCACCUGAAAACUUAGAAGCUAAUGCUGCACGCAGAGUCAAUGCUAACGAGAAGUUUAUUAUUGUGUCUUGCCGUUUAGACACUACAAGCAUGUUCGAUGGUCUGGGAUUGGGCGCAAUGGAUUCGCUCCUGAGCCUGGCUACUCUAACCCAUGUGGCUCAUAUGUUGCGCCUACUGUUGCCUACGCAGAGCACGCUGCCCGAUCCGAAACGCAAUGUGCUGUUUGUGGCAUUCAAUGGCGAGUCUUAUGACUACAUUGGGUCUCAGCGAUUUGUCUACGACAUUGAACAUCUGGCUUUUCCUACCCGCUCCACACAUAGUACUCCUAUUUCAUUUGAAAAUAUUGAGUUUAUGCUGGAUAUUGGCACAUUAGACGACAUCAGAAAUAUUAAACUUCACACACUUACCGCAACGCCGCUGGCUCAGCAAUUGUUGCAAAAGCUCAACCAAUACGCCAAGUCACCGCGAUAUGGCUUUAAUGUUAACAUCGAAUCAAACGUGGGCUAUCAAAUACCACCCACAUCAGCGCAAUCCUUUUUGCGUCGCGAAACCAAGUUUCCGGCUUUAAUCUUGAACGCUGUGCCAGGCAAUAAAUACUAUCACUCCGUAUAUGAUGAUUUGGAUAAUGUGGCCUUUAUAUAUGGCAAUACGAGCGAAGAUUAUACAAUAUUGGCUGAUAUAAACGAUAAAAAAUACUUCGACGCCGAUUCCUUGCAAAUGAAGGUGCGCAAUGUCUCAUCCAUAGUGGCCAUGGCGCUUUAUGAGACUUUAACGGGCAAACAAUACCAAGGCAAUGAAGUGGCCAGUUCAAUAUUGGCAGAUGAGUUUUUCUACUGUUAUCUGCAAUCUUCCGAUUGUCCUCUUUUUAAAGCUUCUUCAUAUCCGAACAGUCCAGCCGGUCUACCGUUGCCGCCUAUGCGGUACAUAAGUGUACUGGGUGGUUCACAAGAAUCAUCAGGUUGGACAUAUCGACUGCUCGGCUUUCUGCUCUCACAUCCGGAGCCAAAUGUGCCAAAAGAAAACUGCAGUCAGCUACCACUAUUUUAUUUUGCCGGCCUCAAUGGCACUGGAGAGUGUCGUCGUACAACGCAGAAUUUUACAAGUGCACUGAGUCCGGCAUUUCUCAUUGAAGACUACGAUUGGCGUUCAGGCCAAUACUCUACAUGGACUGAGUCCACUUGGUCACAGUUCAGCGCACGUAUAUUCCUACGUCCGUCAAAUGUGCAUGAAAUAACCACUCUAAGCAUUGGAAUCGUGGUGUUUAUAAUUUCCUUCUGCUUAAUAUAUAUUAUCAGCUCACGCUGGGAAGUGCUCUUUGAAGAUGUGCCUGCUAGUAAUGCGGCAUUAUUUAAUUGAUGUAUUUGAAGUCGGCCCUGCAGCAAAAACCACAAGAGCGCCUUCAUUACAUAACUCUAAGCUGUGCAUGCAAUUCUCACUUCAAAAUAUUUAGUGAUCCGAUUAAAAUUUAUAAUUAACUUUUGUAUUACCCUCAUUUAACUUGCAAUUCUAGAUUGCCACCGCCAACGGCCUGUUAGUGGCAGGACAAUCGGGAAGCUCCCUAACUAAUAGGAAAAGCUAAUAUAAGAAAAAACUCAAAAAUACUUGAAUAAUUUUAUAGGAAUUAUAAAUAACAAUUAUAUAUAACCCAUAAUAACUUAAAAAAAGUCUAACAGAUACUUUAAGUGCUAGAAAAUAAAUAUUUGUUUUUGUACACUUUUGUAUUUCAAAGACGUUACAAGCAAUUAGUGUAUAUUUGUAUCAUAAUUAGCAAUUAAAUGAUAUUUAUGCAAAUGUA